AUGUAUUCAACAUUGUGUCUAGUAGCUGUUUUCCAAGGAGUUUUUCUGUUGAAUUCAAUCACCUGCCAGCGGACGAAAAUUCAUGCGGAACAUAUGCUGACUACAAACAAUACGGAGCUAUCAUUUGACUAUGAGACUUUGCUAAAUGCAAUUCAUAAGGAAAAGGCCUACGACUCAUUGCUGAUAAUUCAUCAAACUUCACCUAGCAAAGAAAAGUUUUUGGAAGUGUUCACCAAAUAUCAAGCCGUUGAGGUGCCAAGGUUAACAAUGAGGCCCCAUGGCCCACAAUUCAGCUAUAAAGCCCUUUACAAUUCGGAAAUUCUUGUCAUUAUUUUAAUGGCGGGCAAAGUGGAUAAAACUUCAAUGCAUUACCUCGGGGAGGCCUUGGAUUAUAUGCGACAAACCAGAAUUUUGAUGGUGGCCACCAAUGUGGGAGAUUUUGCGGACUUUAAGAAACAGAUGCUGAACUUAUGCGAGUUCCAUAUGAUGACAAAUGUCUUACUAAGCUAUCAUAACAUCUCACAAAACUCCUCUGUUAAGAUGUUGACUGGGUUACAUAGGCUAAUGCCCUAUCCUAACUAUCAUUGGCAGCUGGCCUCAUUUUCAACUCACCAUAACCAUUCGCUCUAUCCUCGCCAUUGGCUUAACAUGCAUAAUAAGACUCUGCGGACAUUUCCGGAUCAAUUUCCUCCCAUGAGCUUUGUCUACUCCGAUAGUCAUGGCCAACUUCAUGUCAGCGGCUUCUCUGGCCUAUUGGUAUUGGCAUUCGCUGAGCAUUAUAAUGCCCACUUGGAGAUGUAUGAACCCUUGGUGGAAGGUAAACUAGUGCAUUGGGUGGAAAUUUCCCAAAUGAUAAAGGAUCGUCUCAUAGACUUGCCCAUGUCCAUUGAGGAAACUGGCUCUGGCUCUUGGCACAAUAUGUCCUCUUAUGUUACCGUAAAUAGAGCCAGCUUUAUGGUACCCCUAACGCCACAAUUCACCCUCAAAGAGAUUUUUGCCUUGCUAUUGGAUGGCUACUUCCUUGGAUCUGUCUUAAUUUUCUCUUUGCUGCUUUCGUUUAUGCACACACUUACCAAAUUCGUCUUUGAAGGUACUCUGGAGUAUUUUGAUUUUGUUAUCAACUCCAAGGUCAUGCCUGGAGUUUUGGGUCAAUCUUUUGUAGAACAACAAUUUACCCAUUUAAUAGGUCUGCGCAUGAUUUAUUUUUUCGUAGGCUUUGUGGGCCUCAAUAUCUCGUCACAGUUUUCGGCAAAUAUCCACUCCUACUUUACCUGGCCUCCCUAUCACAGGCAGUUUGAAGAGUACAGAGAUUUGGAACAUUCCUCAGUGACCAUACUUAUGGAGGGAACUGAUUCGGUGAUCUUAAGUGAUUGGGUAGAAGUGCAUGAAAAUAUUACCACCCAUACGGAAAAUGUCACCUUUUUUCUGGUGGCUCGUCAAGAGUUGAACACUUCCCAUGGCUAUAUAAUCGAAUCGGAGUUGUGGGACAUAUACAAUCGAAGGCAAGAGUAUUUUCAACGCAAAGUUUUCCAUGUUCCCCGUGGCAUGACCUAUUUUGACAUGAUGGUAUGGGGCCUUCGUUUGCAGUACAAUUCGCCCUAUAAGGAGGCCGUAGACUGGUUUAUUCUCAAUGCCCAUCAAAUGGGUUUUAUGGAUGCUUGGAUAACGCAGACCUAUUUGGAUAUGUCAAAAUCGAAACGAGUGCCUUCACAUGAUCCUAAUGCAGCAGUGGAAUCGCAAGUUCUUACAGUGCAACAUUUAUAUUGGGUGUGGAUUUUGUUGACCGUGGGUUGGCUAAGCAGUUUUUUGGCAUUUCUUAUGGAGCUUUUAAUUCAUCGUUGUUGUUGUAGCAAUAAGAAAAAGAAUGAUUUGAAACGCAGAAUACAGCUGUGA